AUGGACAGAAGCAAUAGUGACCAGCUCAAUAAAGCUUUUGAAGCCUAUCGCAAAGCCUCCAUUGAGAAGGAAACUGCCCAGAAAGAACUAAAGGAAGCGACUGAACAUUUUAGACGCCACACUCAGCAGCUUAUGAGGACGAUACAGAGUCAAGAACAGCAGAUUUUGGAUCUUAAAGAGCAGUUGAGGUCAGCCAACACGCACGCUUCAGGAGAGGCAAAAUGUUGUGAGACAGUACACAGAAAACAGGAAAUGGAAACCAUGUCUCCUAGCAAUCAUCGUCCUGACAACCUCUCCAGUUCCCACAGGACAAAUCACUUCCUGGAAACACUGGAUUGUGCAGCGAUAUCUCCUCUGGCGUUACCUGGAGCAAGCAGUAUUAAGAACGAAGACGUUCUUCAGGCAUUUAAAGAUAUGCAAGGACAGUUCGAAGUGAUCCAGAUUCUAGCCCGACGUCAAAAAGAUCACCUGAAAAGACUAUACAAAGAAAACAAUGCUGGAAAUGAGCCGGCGAUAUCCAUGCCCAUCCAAUGCACUGAAGAGACCGCUGAGCUGGCUGAAGGACCCUUUCCCUCCCCCUCUUCCAGGUCAGAGGGAGACAACACGCUGACCCCAAGCUCGCUGGCAUCACGCGGAGCCAGCCAGGAAGACGGGGACUUGGAAAACUCUCUGAGUAAACUGAGCGUGAAGUUUCCUCCGCCUGCAGACAGCGAAUACGAAUUCCUACACAGCGCUCCGGAGAAACAAAUCGACCUGGCAUUGCCCAGGAAGGUCCUGGGUGGAGGAAUAUCCACGGUGAUGGAGGAACCCUCUUUGGAGCUGUCCCCUAUGGCCUUUCCAUUUCCUGUGUCCCCUCCACCCUUACCCAUGUCCUCCGCCUCAGUCGUGCACGAGAACGUGCGUGGACCAGAGCAGACUCUCUGGAGCCCAGAGCUGUGUGACUUGCCUGAGUCGAUAGCGGGCGCGGAAUCCCAGCAAAACCAAAGCUCCAAUAACUGCGCGUUCUGCACGGCUGUCGUUCCUCACGAAGACAUGUACAGUCACCUCAAUUCACACUUCCAGAACAAAGCCAGCGAUUGA